UGAAAAAAGGCAGUUCAUUUAGUUCAAGCAAGAAUUCUAUGACUUAACCUCGCAUUUAUCAAAACAAAAUAUCCAAUAGGAUCAAUGAGAUGCUUUUAUUUUUAAUCUCCAAAUAGUGAUUAUUGAAUAAUGCCUCCAAAAAAGAACGAUUCUAAACAAGCUGCCAAAGGCAAUAAAGGCGGAGAAGAUAAAGGAGCUGCCAAAGAGAAGAAAGGUGGUACAGCAGUGAAAGUAAGGCAUAUUCUUUGUGAAAAACAAGGAAAAUGUUUAGAAGCUUUGGAAAAACUGAAAGCAGGCCAAAAAUUCCCAGAAGUAGCAGCUGCCUAUAGUGAAGACAAAGCAAGACAAGGGGGUGAUUUGGGUUGGAUGACUAGAGGCUCAAUGGUGGGACCAUUCCAAGACGCAGCUUUUGCUCUACCUAUAUCAAAUGUAAAUAAUCCCGUUUAUACUGAUCCACCAGUGAAAACAAAGUUUGGGUAUCAUAUUAUAAUGGUUGAAGGAAAAAAGUAAUGUAUCAGAGGCAAUUGUAAUUUUUGUAAGUUCAUACAUUAUAUAUUUGAAGAUUUA